CCGGAAGUGGACUGCCGGCAACGCGGAAGCGCCGUUCUGCACGGCCUCCGCUUGGGGAGGGGAGGGAGCCGCCAUUUUCUCGCGAUGGGCUCCUCCAAGCGGCACCGCGACCGCAGCGAAGCUUCCGAGGACUCCGCGCCGCCCGCGGCCUCGUCUUCCUCGGCGGGCGGCGCCGCCUCCUCCUCCUCCUCGUCCCGCCACCGCGAGCACAAGAAGCACAAGCACCGCGGCGGCGGCGGCGGAGGCAGCGAGCGGCGGAGCAAGAGGAGCCGCAGCCGGGGCGAACGGAGCGGCCGGCGGGGCGGCGGCGGCGGGGAUGAGGCCGCCUCCUCCUCCACCCGGGGCAGCCGCAGCAGCGCCGCCGCCGGGCAGGAGGGCGAGUCGGGGCGGCGGAGCCAGCGGGAGAAGCGGGACGAGGGCCACGAAGGCGCCCAGGGCGCAGCGGUUAGCUCGAAGUCUUCGUCCGGAGGAGACGCCUCGCUCAGCAUUGAGGAGACAAAUAAACUUCGAGCUAAACUUGGGCUGAAGCCUCUGGAGAUCAACACAAUCAAGAAGGAGACCGGAAGCAAGGAGGACCCAGUGGCUGCGGAGGUCAUCAACCCUAUCGCCCUCAGGCAGCGGGAGGAGAUCCGGGAGAAACUAGCAGCCGCCAAGGAGAAGCGGCUUUUAAACCAGAAACUCGGGAAAGUCAAAUCCCUGGGUGAAGAUGACCCCUGGCUGGACGAUACGGCGGCCUGGAUUGAGAGAAGCCGGAAGCUGCAGCUGGAGAAAGAGAUGGCGGAGAAGAGGGCCAAGCUCUUGGAGGAGAUGGACCAGGAAUUCGGAAUCAGCAGCCUCGUGGAGGAGGAGUUUGGGCAGAAGAAGAAGGUGGGCUACAGUAGCCAGGAUCUCAAGGGCCUGACUGUGGAGCACACCAUCGAUUCAUUCCAGGAAGGACACACCGUCAUCCUGACCCUCAAAGACAAAGGUGUCUUGGAGGAGGAAGGUGGCGAUGUGUUGGUGAACGUCAACAUGGUGGACAAGGAGAAGGCCAAGAAGAACGUGGAGCUGCGCAAGAAGAAGCCGGAGUACAAACCCUACGAAGAAGAGGAGAGCGUGGACGACAUGGUGGUCUUCAAGCACAAGGGUGUCCUCUCCAAGUAUGACGAAGAGAUCGAAGGGGAGAGGAAGAAGUCCUUCAAGCUGGAUGCGGUGGGAAUGGCGGACGGCUCCCGGGAACGGGAGCUGCAAAAUAUCCGGGAGAGCCUGCAGAGUCGGGCCCAGUCGUUGGACCUGCCCAGCCUCCACCUGGCCUCGGAGUACUUCACCCCAGAAGAGAUGACCACUUUCAAGAAGACGAGGCGACGGGUGAAGAAGAUACGCAAGAAGGAGAAGCCGGUUAAGGCUGACGACCUGAUGCCCUUCGGCAUCGAGAGCAACGAGCGGGAUUUCGGGUCCAGGAUCCGGGGCCGGAGGAAGAGGAGGAGGGAUCCCUGGUCAGCAGCAGAAAACAGAGCAGGAGAGCAGCUGAUCCAGUCAGAUGACAUCCGGGUAGAAAAAAUGGAGAUCAGCAGUGAGGAUGAGGAUGCCAUGGAAGGCCCCCACUCUCCCCCUGUGCUGGAGGAAGACGAGGCCGAGAUGGAGCUGCAGAAACAGCUGGAGAAGGGGCGGAAACUGCGUCAGAUCCAGCUGCUGAAGGACAGCGGUGAAAAGGUGGUCGAAAUCGUGCGGACCCUGGGGCGCAGCCGGACCCAGGAGGACGAUGCUGAGCUCGAGAAGAAGGGGGCCAUUGUCUUCAAUGCCACCUCCGAAUUCUGCCGCACGCUGGGGGAGAUCCCCACUUACGGGCUGGCCGGGAACCGGGAGGAGCAGGAAGAACUUCUGGACUUUGAACGUGACGACGAGAGGUCAGCCACCGGCGGCUCCGACUCGGAUGGCGAGGAGAACAUUGGCUGGAGCAUGGUCAACUUGGAUGAAGAGAAGCACCAGCAGGAUGUAAGUGGGGCUAGAUCACUGCUUCUCCAUCUUCACCCCCUUUAAGGAGGGUAAA